AUGUCCUUUUGGAAUUGUCAAACCAACUCUUUACAAGGACAAGUCUCCUAUCUGCACCCGGGCCAGUACACUUCGAACACCGGUAUCACGAGAGCCUUCAAGGGGCACAUCACGACCACGGUCCACGGAGUUGAAACAAUCAUGCCCACCCAUGAGUAUCUAGCCCACCCUCAGGAUACGCGCGUGGCAAUUCUCAACCCUCACCUUCGCCUGGAUUCCGGGUACUACCCCAAUCCUAUCAAACCACCGCCUGAUGCUCCUCCCCCGCCGCCUCCGAUCGACAUCACGACUGGGAAACCAAAGUCGGAGUCUGCCAAGGCAGGCCCUGACGCCGAGAAGAAGUGUCCUCAAUGCCACCAUGCAAGUACUCCGGCUCUGACAGACGGUGUUUGGAUCUUGUUAUUAGUCCAGGCCGGCUAA